AGUUUCAUAUAGGUAUUAACGAUCAAUACUUUCACGCUCUCAUCUUGUUCCACUUUGUUAGGAGGACCCCUUUGAAACAAUAGAAUAGGAAGGAACUAUUCGAUAAUAUAGAUUAGGUAAGGUUAAUCAAUUUAGCAUUGAUUCAUACAGACUCCACCCAUUCUUUUUUACUCUUCCAUCUGUAUAUAAAUAUAUUAUAUAUGUGCUUGCAAACAUUCUCUCACUCAUUUAUUAAAACUGGACAACGGCUUAAACAAAAGCCACCAAAGUUCUUAAAUGAACGAUAAAAAUGAUUCAGUUUCUAACGAUUCUUUUUCUUCAUAUGACGACAAUGAAGAUGAUAGUACCAGGGUUGUAUUUAUGGAAUUACACGAGGCAGCAGCUAACGGAGAUUCAGAAAAAUUGGCCGAUAUUAUCCAAUUAGGAAAACAUAAUAUUAACGAGGCUGAUCAAGAUUGGAAUGGAAAAACUCCGCUACACUGGGCCUGCAGCAAAGGGAAUUUAGAUUGUGCCAAAGUCUUACUUUCAUCAGGUGCUGAUUCAAGUCCAAGAAUGCACGGAGGAUGGACACCAGCUCAUUCAGCAGCCGAAACUGGUAAACUGCAAAUUUUAAAGUUACUACAGACUUAUAAAGCACCUUUAAACCUUAUUGACGAUUUCGGAGACAGUCCAAAGAGAAUUGCUCAAACUUACGGUCAUACGGAAUGCGAACAAUUUUUGCAAGCAAUUGAAAAGGAACAGGAUAUUAAUCAAUAA